AAGGUAGCAACAGAGUUCAUAGAAGUGAAGAUUUUUUAAAGAAGUUAACAAAAAAAGAAGAAAAAUGCCAAAACCAAUCAACGUACGAGUAACCACAAUGGAUGCCGAGCUGGAAUUUGCCAUCCAGCCCAAUACAACUGGCAAACAACUUUUUGACCAGGUGGUGAAAACAGUUGGUUUGCGUGAGGUCUGGUUUUUUGGGCUGCAAUAUGUCGACAGCAAAGGCUAUUCCACAUGGCUCAAACUAAACAAAAAGGUAACACAACAAGAUGUUAAAAAAGAGAACCCUUUACAGUUCAAGUUUAGAGCUAAAUUCUUUCCUGAAGAUGUUUCUGAGGAAUUAAUUCAAGAAAUAACCCAGAGACUUUUCUUCUUGCAAGUUAAAGAAGCCAUCUUAAAUGAUGAGGUAUAUUGCCCACCAGAAACUGCAGUUCUCUUGGCUUCCUAUGCUGUCCAGGCCAAGUACGGAGAUUAUAAUAAAGAGACUCAUAAACCAGGCUACCUGGCUAAUGAUAGACUCCUACCCCAGCGGGUAUUGGAACAACACAAACUAACCAAAGAACAGUGGGAAGAAAGAAUACAGAACUGGCAUGAAGAACAUAGAGGAAUGCUAAGGGAAGAUUCUAUGAUGGAAUACCUGAAGAUUGCACAAGAUCUGGAAAUGUAUGGAGUCAACUAUUUUGAAAUAAAAAAUAAAAAGGGGACUGAAUUGUGGCUAGGUGUUGAUGCUUUGGGUCUGAAUAUUUAUGAACAUGAUGACAAGUUAACACCUAAAAUCGGUUUUCCGUGGAGUGAAAUCAGAAAUAUUUCAUUUAAUGACAAAAAAUUUGUUAUCAAGCCAAUUGACAAAAAGGCACCCGAUUUUGUUUUUUAUGCACCUCGUCUGAGAAUCAACAAGAGGAUUUUGGCCUUGUGUAUGGGAAACCACGAACUGUACAUGCGGAGACGGAAGCCCGACACCAUCGAGGUGCAGCAGAUGAAGGCUCAGGCCAGGGAGGAGAAGCACCAGAAACAGUUAGAAAGGGCACAAUUAGAGAAUGAAAAGAAGAAAAGAGAAAUAGCAGAAAAGGAAAAGGAAAGAAUAGAACGUGAAAAGGAAGAGCUAAUGGAACGUCUAAGGCAAAUUGAGGAGCAGACGCUGAAAGCCCAGAAAGAACUAGAAGAACAGACUCGAAAAGCUCUAGAGCUGGAUCAGGAACGAAAACGAGCAAAGGAAGAAGCAGAACGGCUGGAAAAGGAGCGCCAGGCUGCUGAAGAGGCCAAGUCUGCCAUAGAGAAGCAAGCUGCCGACCAGAUGAAGAACCAGGAGCAGCUGGCAGCAGAACUUGCUGAAUUCACUGCCAAGAUUGCACUUCUAGAAGAAGCCAAGAAGAAAAAGGAAGAAGAAGCUACUGAGUGGCAACAUAAAGCUUUUGCAGCCCAGGAAGACUUGGAAAAAACCAAAGAAGAGUUAAAAACUGUGAUGUCUGCCCCUCCUCCGCCUCCACCUCCACCAGUCAUUCCGCCAACAGAAAAUGACCAUGAUGAGCAUGAUGAGAAUAAUGCCGAGGCCAGUGCUGAGUUACUGAACGAAGGGGUGAUGAACCACAGGAGUGAGGAGGAACGGGUGACAGAGACACAGAAGAAUGAGCGUGUUAAGAAGCAACUCCAGGCAUUAAGUUCAGAACUAGCCCAAGCCAGAGAUGAAACCAAGAAAACCCAGAACGAUGUUCUCCACGCUGAGAACGUGAAAGCAGGCCGCGAUAAGUACAAGACGCUGCGGCAGAUUCGCCAAGGCAACACCAAGCAGCGCAUCGACGAGUUUGAAGCAAUGUGAGCGCUGGUACUUUGCAUACAUGCUCUUCAUAGGCUGAACCACCAGCAGAGAAAAGCAGGCCUUUGCAGAUGUGAUGGAAUGCACCCACCUUGCCAAAGCACUUGUAUCGGUUUGACUGUGGUGGCUAAAAGACAAAUUUCAGGGGCGCACGUCGACUUAAGGCAGUGUGAUGUCAUGCUUGGUUUUCAUUUUCCUUUGUGUCAGGGAAUAGAGAAUGGUGUUUCAUCACCUCCCUUCACACUUUUUCACUUUCCAUUUUUUUUUUUCUGUUGAAACUUAACACUAAUGAUCAUGUAUGACAAAUAUGUAUGUUUGGUUGAGCACUUUGUACAUGUUAAAGGAUAAUGGUGAAUGUUUUAAUGAGUGUUUCCCUUGCCCCUGCCGUGUUUAACCUGCACAUACGUCCACAUUCUCGCUCACCCACAUGUCCUCUGUGUGCUCAUCUCAUGUCCUGCCGUGCUGUGGCCACAGUUCUGCUCUCAUACAGAUCAGGCAGUGUCUGAAUGACGGCAGGGAGCAGAGUGGACAGUCUCUGAUCAUUGUGUAGAAGAUGGCUAUGAAUCAUGCAAGAGACUAGAACAUUUCAUAGUAUAGUACAAUUGGCUGUUACUUAUUUUUAAAUCCCAAUUAUUGGAUAUUUAAUAUUUACUUAACUGCAGUCAUCUUUGAUCGCUAAACUGAUUGGUGUUUCAUAUCCUAUAAUCACAUGACAGUUUUCUUUGCUUGCCGAUUCACAGAGGCAUAGACAGCAGGCAGCAGUUCUCCUGGAGAAUUUACUGAUAAAAGUCUCUGAAAGAUUUUAAAGAGUUUUGCUUUUUCAUAGAUUGUCUUAGAAAAACAAAUGAUUAAUAAAAGAAAGUGCACAUUUGUUGGUAAUUGAUUUUAAUCAUUUAAAAAACACUUGGCCUUUCUGGAAUGGCGGCUUAGAAAACUAACAGUCCCAAAAGGGGACAGUAAUACUACCUCACUACUACACCUGUGAUGACUGGUGGUUAAGACGCAGUGGAGUAUGUAAGCCGUAUGUUUUAUAAUUCAUAGUAAUAGUCUCAAUUAUGCAGGAAUAUGUUUGAAAUUUCAUUUUUCUUUGGAAUAUCUUGGAGUCUGCCCUUUUUUCUGAGGCUGCCUAAAUUUUUAGCUGCCUUUUUGUUGACUCAAUCUGGGGACUCUGAUUCAUAUCAAAAUUGUAAGCUCUCCCUAGUAUGCUGUCUUCCUGGAGGGGUGUUGUAUGGCUGAGGAAAGGGGUGUGUGGGUGUGUGGGUGUGUGUGUGUGUAUGGGGUGGUAGGGCAGGGAGAGAGAGAUGUUAUUCUUGUAGCAUAUGAAGACUUUCCCUUCAUUUCUUGAUAGAUUAACUAUAUAAUCAUUUUAGUGUCUUUGGUUUCUAAAUCACUGUGCUUAAUUUUUUCAGUCUCUAACUAAAAAUACUUAAAUUUGGUUAAUCCUAUUUUAGAAAUUAUAAUUUUAGUUUAUAUUAAUUUCAAUUAAAUCUUACUGAAGAAAUCUUUCCAGGUAGAAAGAUGUUCUAAAAUAUUCCAUGUUCUAAUAUUUUCUUUGUUGUGAGACACCUAGAUUUGGAGAUGUGGAAAGCCUUGUUUUCUCUGUGUGGUUCAGCUACUUCCCAUUUGGUAUUAUGCACUCAAAUUUAUAUUUGUCUAUUAAAAUUGCCAUUUUAUUAAAUAUUUUUCAUGCACAAUAGAUGUAAGUUGUGUCUGAAAAUAUCUCUUUGUGCUUUUUUGAUUUUGCUGACUUUAAAAGGAUUAAUCUGGGCAGACCAUUAUACAAAGGAAAGGUUGCAUUUAAUAUAUUUUUUGGAGUUUGUAGGACAAAAGAUAACUGGUUAGCCUUGAAGUGACUGUUGUACUUUGGUUGUGCACAAGCUUCAAAACCCUACAGAAGGAAAUGCUUAUUCCUUCCUGUGGUACGUUACAGGAAGUGAUGGUGGACCCUGCUAUUCAUGCUUUCAAACAUAAGUGUUCACCUUAAGCAGUUGCCAUAAGAAGUGAAAAACCUGCAUUUCCAGUGGAUUUUUAUUAAUUUUCCUCAUUUUGAGUUGUGUGCCCUACCAUUGCUACAUCAGUUUAAUACAGUGUUGAAAAAUUACCAGUUAUAUUUGCUGUUUAUAAUCUAUUUGUAGAUUAGGAUUGAAAUGGAUUUGAUCCAUUUUUAAAGAUGUGUGAAUUUUUCUAAACAAGAACAACCAUUUGCAAUAUGGGUCUUCAUAAGGAUUAAAUCAAUUAUAACUUUUAUCAUAGCAGUUGAGAGCACAUGUUCAUAUAGCAAUGUAAAAAUGCACUAAUGAGUAUUUGGUAAAUACCAACAGGCUUUUGCCAUUAGCACACUUUGUGUUGUACAAUUAAGUUACAGUUACAUCUCUAAUUUUGGACGAUAUUCAUUGGUCAACAAUAAAGUGACAAAAGCUCAUGCC